GGAGCAAAUAUUUAAUAGCGUCUCGUGUUAAUUAAAGCGCGUGGCAGCAAACAUGAGAAUUGGAUCGCCUACGACAGGCGAGACAUUCCGCGCAUGGCUGCUGUCCGCUCUCGUAGUCCACGGAGCGGUGGCAGGCAAUCCGGAUGCCAAGCGUCUGUACGAUGAUCUCCUUAGCAAUUACAACAAACUGGUACGACCCGUGGUCAAUACAUCGGAUGUGCUACGGGUUUGCAUCAAACUGAAGUUGUCACAGUUGAUCGAUGUGAAUUUAAAAAAUCAAAUUAUGACAACGAAUCUAUGGGUCGAACAGUCAUGGUACGAUUAUAAAUUACGAUGGGAACCCAAGGAAUAUGGCGGCGUUCAAAUGUUGCAUGUGCCAUCGGAUCACAUAUGGCGACCGGAUAUCGUGCUGUACAAUAACGGUGACGGUCAUUAUGAAGUAACAUUAAUGACUAAAGCGACUGUGUAUAAUACCGGACUAGUAGUUUGGCAGCCGCCAGCCGUCUACAAAUCCUCGUGUUCAAUCGAUGUUGAAUUCUUCCCCUAUGAUGUACAAACGUGCGUUUUAAAAUUAGGCAGUUGGACUUACGAUGGUUUUAAGGUGGAUUUACGACAUAUGGAUGAAAAGUCUGGCAGCAAUAUCGUGGAUGUUGGUGUGGAUCUAUCGGAAUUCUAUAUGUCGGUAGAGUGGGACAUCUUAGAAGUGCCAGCAGUAAGGAAUGAAAAAUUUUAUACAUGCUGUGAUGAACCCUACUUGGAUAUAACAUUUAACAUAACAAUGCGGAGAAAAACGUUAUUUUAUACCGUAAAUAUAAUUAUUCCCUGCAUGGGUAUCUCGUUUCUCACCGUGCUGACGUUUUAUUUGCCUAGCGAUAGUGGUGAAAAGGUAACACUAUCGAUAUCUAUUUUAAUUAGUCUCCACGUGUUCUUUCUACUGGUUGUAGAAAUUAUACCGCCAACUUCUCUAGUGGUGCCUUUGCUAGGGAAAUAUUUAAUUUUCGCUAUGAUAUUAGUAUCAAUUAGUAUAUGCGUUACUGUCGUGGUUUUAAAUGUACAUUUCCGAUCGCCGCAAACACACAAAAUGGCACCGUGGGUAAAACGGUUUUUCAUCGAUUUUUUGCCCAAAUUGCUGUUUAUGAAGCGACCAAAUUACAACUUUGAGACAAAUAGAAAACUGCUAAAAUCGCACACAUGCUUCUAUCCAUAUUACUCGGCACCAAAUAUUAGUAGAAUACCACCUUUUGGUAGUAGAACAGCUUCAAAAGAGGAUCUAUCUCCAUCUAGUUUUUUAGCUACUGGACCAUUCGGUGGUAGUUGUCAAAUUCACGGUCCAAUACCGAUGCCGCAAUCGGAAUCGGAAGAGUUAUCAACGACACCAAUUGAUGCAGAAACAGGCGAUCAUCCGUCUGGCAUUAAAAGUCCAAUUAUACAAAAUCCACCAAAACCACCCGCAUUUUCGCAUUCAUACUGCCCGCCCGAGAUACAUCGGAGCUGCUUCUGCGUACGUUUCAUUGCGGAACACACAAAAAUGCAGGAAGACUCGACAAAGGUAAAAGAGGACUGGAAAUACGUGGCAAUGGUACUCGAUCGAUUAUUCUUGUGGAUUUUCACGUUUGCCGUAUUCGCUGGCACCGCCGCCAUCAUUCUGCAAGCACCAACGCUCUACGACGACCGUAAGCCCAUCGAUAAGCGUUUCACGGACUUUUCCACGUCAUCCGUGUCGAGGUGCCCUCCCCAAUAGCAAUCGAAGUACUUGUUCUUCCUCCUCUUCUACUACAUCUACUACAUUGCCGCGCUCAUGAAAAACUCGUAUUAUUUCGCGUAUCUCGCAUUUUUACUGUUGUUACCCGUGUUAUUUGCCGUUGUCGCAACGAGUGCCUAUGUUUUGAAAUUUGAUGAAAAAAAUUUGUCACUUAUUUGUAACAAUAAUGACGAGAAUAAUGUUGUUGCC